CGUAAUAACAAGAAUAAAAACCUUUAAAUAUCAACAAUUUACUAUCGUACCUAUGGCUGGUAUCAAUUAAAGAUGAUAAAUAAUCUUAAUUGGUGGUCAUAUUUUUUAUCUAAAACCAUAUGUCCAUGACCGAGGUGAACAUAUAAUCAUGAAGACAAGACUUUCUUAUAUUACAUUUAAUGAUGGUGAUUGUUGUUAUCAUUCUCGAUAAUCGAUAAAGUGAAAUUGUAAAUUGCCGUCGGGCCUCUGGCGACUACACUCAGUAAAUCUAUCAUCGUGCAUUUUUGAGAAUUCAUCAUUUUCUAAAAAAGUAAGGCAUUAUUCAUAUCAUAUUGUAUACCUACAAUUUAAUAUUAUUCGAAAAUCAUUCAAAAUGUCCCUUGGUCAAGUUCUACGUGGUACUUUUCAGUAAGUCAUUCAAUAUUUAUAUUCAUUCCAUUAAAUUUUUUAUAUUAUUAUGAUUAUUCAAAUUAUAGAAAAUUUAUUGGAACUACCUCUCAAGGGUUUACACAAACUAAUUUUUUGGUACCAUCUACAAUGAACUCAUGGUCUAUUGACAUCAUUCGCACAAAAACUCGUAACCAUUUUCCACGACCAAACGAAGCCAAGCGUAUUAAAAGGCAUGGUUUUUGGACAAGAAUGGCAACAGUAGAGGGACGUAAAAUACUACAACGCAGAAUACUCAAAGGACGAUAUGUCCUGAGUCAUUAAAUUCAAUUUUAUCUUUAAUGUUAAAAUAAUUUAUAAUUAGUUUUUAAAUAUUAUAUACCACAGUGUUUAAAAGAUAAAUAAAGUAAAAAAAAAUAACAUUCGAUUGCUCAUUGAGUUAUUUAUUUUAUAUUUUAUAUUAUAUAAUAUGCCUAUAUUAUUUUUAAUUUUUAUAUUAGUGUUAUUCAAAUCUUAUGGAUGUCGGCCGUUGAUCUUAUUCCGAUAUUUUAGUGAUGCAAUUGAUGUUGGCAAAGUGAAAAAAAAAAAACAACGAAAUAUCAAUAACUAUUGUGUUCCUAUACUUUCAGAAGAUAAGAAACAAGUAAUUUAUAAUUAAAAUGUAUUUCUACUACCUAUUACAUCUAAUUAAAGUAUUUCUAUAGUCUAUUAAAAGAAUUGUUUCUUUACAAAUAAGUGGUCAAUAUAUAAUUAGUACUACUAUGCUUCGAGAUGGUAAUAUACUUAGUGAUUGGCAGUUUCUUAGUUUGCCAGACAAUAUGAAUAAAUUUAAUUUAAAUGAUGUUUAUAAUUGUGUAAGUAAUACAUUUGUUUAUUUUUUAUUCAUAUCUUAACAAAGGUUUUUCUUUAGGUUGCUAAACUUGUAAAGAAAUUACCAGAAAGUGAUGUUUAUCUUAUCGAAAACUUUAUAAAAAUGCCAAACAAUGUCAAUGUUGCUGGGGCAAAUUUAUUUUAUGUUAGACUACAAACACUUUCUAUGCUCAUUGCACUUAUUAAUAGUGGUAAUAAAGAAAAUUCUUCAAAUGAAACUGGUCAAUAUUUACUGAUAUUUAUUUAUUUAAUAUUUGGAUUAUUUUUUAUUGUAUUUAGUUAUUUUUUCUAGAACAUUCAAACAAAGUGAUACUAAUGAAAGCACGUUUGCAAGCUAGAUUAUUUAGGAUUAUUGUGGGUUCAGAAGUCAUUUCGUCACAAGAUAUAACUGAAUUAAUGUUUAAAGGCACUUUUCCUGAUUAUGUAACGCCUGUUAUUCCAGCAAUUGAUGCUACUUUGACUUAUAGAUCCACUAAAGAACCAUUAAUUAAAGAAUUUAUGUCUAAUGGCCUCAUGUUAGCAAUGACAUUUAUUGAUCUGGUUUUAAAUUCAAAUUCGAACACUAUUCAAGCUCUUAAUGUAAGUUCCAGAAGAAAAUUAAAAACUACAGAUGUAUGAACUUAAACAUGUUAGUAAUUAUUUUAUUAUACAAUAGAUAGAAAUUUAAUUGAAUUAAGAUUUUUUCUAACAAAUUAUUAGUUGAUGUAAAAUUAGAUUUAAAUUCUUAUAGUACUAAUUACAAGAUAAAUAAAGUGUAUUUAUAUAUAUAUAUAUAUAUAUAUAUAUAUAUAAAGUAGAAUAUUACAAAACAUAUGCUAUAGAUAUAAAACUAAAUAAAUAAAUAAGAUGAUAGAAUACAAUUAAUAAAUUUAUGUUGUUAGAGUAGAAAAUAUAAUAUUUAGUACUUCAUAUGAAUGAACAAUCUCAUUGAAAAUAUGAGAAUAUUUUUAAUAAUUGAUUAAAUUGUUGAUUCAGUAGGAUUUUUAAAAAUAGUUUUAUCUGAAAUUUUUUGUAGCAGUGUAAUGUUCAUGUUUUUUUUUAACAUGUCGAUUUAAAUCGUUUUUCUGUUGAUAUUUUUUAUGACACAUCAAACAAUUAUAAGGUUUUUCACCGGUAUGUACUCUCAUAUGGAUACGAACUUUUUCUGGUCGACUAAAUUUACGUAGACAGAUUUCACAACUGUAUUUUUUUGGAGAAUGUACAACUUCAUGCUGGCGUAACGUUGACAAGCAUUUAAAUGAUGAAUCACAAAUUAUGCACUUAUAUGGUCUUUCUCCAGUAUGCUGACGCUGGUGAACACUUAACUGAGAUUUGUUUGGCAAUUGUUUACCACAUGUCUCACAUAUCAAGCAUGUAAAAUGGCUUCUUUCGUGAAUUCGUCUCGAUGUCUCAAGUAUAAAAGUUUUAUUACAAUACCGACAGCCAAUAUAAGUGCAGUUAUCAGGCAGAUUGAAUGCAAGGGCCCAUUCUCUGGUGCGUGGUACGUCGUGUGUUUUAAUGUGACGUAUAAGAUCAGUUAAACUGUUGAAACAUGUCAAACAUAAAUCGCAUGGAUAGUAAGGAAGUUCUGCAGCAAAAUGUAAUUUUACGUGGUUUUCAAAUUCUAUUACAUUUGAACACCGACGAAAACAAUGAUGGCAAUCCAAUUCUUUAAGAUUAUGAUUCAACAAUAUAUGGCUUCUUAAUUCUGUACCUUUAUUGUAAAGAAUAUAUAACUGUGUAUAGUAAAUAUAAAAUUUAAUUAGAAUGCAUUACACUCUUACCACUCUUAAAAGUUUCUGUACAACGUAAACACUGUGUUUUAUUUGUUUUAUUUUUCAAAUCAAGC